AUGAACGAUACCGAACACAUUGUCACCGAAUUUGUUUAUUGUCUGCUUAUUAGCGGUGGAAAAAUGUCCCCUCCUGCCCUAUACUAUUUGCCGCCCAGUCCGCCUUGUCGCACUAUUCUAUUGCUGGCCAAAAUGCUGGACUUAGAGCUUGACCUGAAGAUCAUCAACAUUUUGGAGGGGGAGCAGCUGAAGCCGGACUUUGUAGCCAUUAACCCGCAACAUUGUGUGCCAACAAUGAACGAUCAAGGACUAGUGCUCUGGGAGAGUCGCGCCAUAUUAUCCUACCUGGUGGCUGCCUAUGCCAAGAGUGACGAACUAUAUCCUACGGAUAUUCGUGUACGCGCACUCGUGGAUCAGCGCCUGCAGUUCGACCUUGGCACCCUCUACCUACGCAUGACCGAUUAUUAUUUCCCCACAAUGUUCAUGGGUGCCCCCUUGGAUGAGGGCAAGCGAGCCAAACUCAGCGAGGCCGUAGGCUGGCUAAAUGCCAUACUCGAGGGCCGCCAAUUCGCAGCGGCCGAGCACUUUACCAUCGCAGAUCUGACUAUGGUGGUUACAAUCUCCCAGAUAGAAGCCUUUGGCUUGGAAUUGAAGCCGUAUAAGCACGUCCGACUCUGGAUGGAGCGUUGCAAGGAGCAUCUGGCUCCCUAUGACUAUGAGGAGAUUAAUGCCAGCAAGGCAAUCAUGCUGGCUGAUAUGUUCAAGGCGAAGAUGAAUCAAAUGGGUGGCGCAUAGGCAGCGCGCCAAACAUUAUAAAAAAGUAUCACCUAAUCAUUUAUUGUAAAUGUUACCCUUAGUAAAUAUAUGUACGACUUGCUUUCAAUGUUAA